CCUUGAUUGGCUGGCUUUCACUUCAUCAUCAUUUAUAUUAUAUAUUUUCCUUGUAUUUUACUUUCUAUUUUUUCUACAUCUUUUGCCACUUCACACAACUCCUCACAUAUUCUCACUUUCAAUCACAAAUGGAAGCCAAACUAUGGGGAUCCCAUUUAUCUCCUGCCAUCUCCACCAUUGAUCUUCCAAAAUCUUCUUCAACCUUUGCUGCUGUCUCAUUUGCUCCUAAAUCAUGGGAAAAUUGCAACUUUCAGACACCCUUUUCAGGAAUUCGUUUGAAAUAUGGCAUACAAUCUGUUCAUGCCUCAGCCUCACUUGGGUUAAGAAACCCGACUAGAGUAGAUGAGAGUGAAAUCUAUACUCUUGACGGUAUAAGAAAUUCUUUAAUUCGCCAAGAGGAUAGUAUUAUAUUUAGUCUGGUUGAAAGAGCUCAGUAUUGUUACAAUGAGGAUACGUAUGACCCUAAAGCUUUUUUCAUCGAUGGUUUCCAAGGUUCGUUGGUUGAGUUUAUGGUCCAAGAAACCGAAAAGGUUCAUGCUAAGGUUGGACGAUACACAAACCCUGAUGAACAUCCUUUUUUCCCAAACAACUUGCCUGAACCUUUGUUGCCUCCUUUGCAGUACCCACAGGUGUUGCAUCCUAGUGCGGAUUCUAUCAAUAUCAACAGCAGAAUUUGGGAUAUGUACUUUAAAGAUCUUCUGCCUAGACUCGUAAAGAAAGGAAAUGAUGGUAAUUGUGGAUCAACAGCAACCUGUGACACCCUCUGCUUGCAGGCUCUCUCCAAAAGAAUCCAUUAUGGUAAAUUUGUAGCAGAAGCUAAAUUUAGAGCUUCCCCAAAUGAUUAUGAAGCAGCCAUUAAAGCGCAAGAUAGGGAAAGAUUGAUGGCUUUGUUGACAUAUCCUGUUGUAGAGGAAACUAUCCAGAGAAGGGUUGAAACAAAAACAAAGACUUACGGGCAAGUGGUGGGGCCUGCAGAAGCUGUACCAGAGCCGCCAGUGUACAAAAUUAACCCAAGCUUGGUUGCCGAUCUUUAUGGUGACUGGAUCAUGCCUUUGACAAAGGAAGUUCAGGUUGAGUAUUUGUUAAGAAGACUUGAUUAAAUUGCCACUUGCAAUGUGUACGGUGUCUAAAACGAUUAAUAAUGCGUAUAAUUACUUUGACCCGUAUGAGAAGCAUCUUUGGGGUCUCCAUUAAACACUUUUACCGUUGUGAAGGAUACGGUUACUACAUUACAUAUAGUCAUAUAUAAUGGUGGGGCGAUGCUAACGAGAUAUAUGAUCAGUUGCUGUGUAGAAAAAACAGCUGUUGUCAGUUUUUUUUAUUGUAUAAAUGUUUAAAGUUUUGGUCUUAUUGAUUAUGGGCCUCAUCUAAUUCAAAGUGUUACGGCUAUUGAGCA